AUGGCUUCGCCGAAAGGCUUGGCCGCCAUGGCCUGGGUGGCGCUCCUCCUGGAGUGCGCUAUCGCGGCCACAAUUACCGUCGGAGCCCCCAGCGGCGGGUGGGAUCUGAGCACAGAUCUGAGCGCGUGGGCGGCGUCGCAGACAUUCUCCGUCGGAGACACGCUGGGUAAGCUCUCUUCUCCCACGCCACCGCGCCACCUCUUACUCCUUCUGCCGUGUUUUGGACUCUGAAGGAGUCUUGUUCGCCGGUGCAGUUUUCCAGUACGGGUCGACCCACGACGUGCUCGAGGUGACCAAGGCCAACUAUGACGCCUGUCAGACGAGUAGCCCGAUCGGUACCUACAACAACGGUAACACCGUCAUCACCCUGUCCACUACCGGCAAGCGCUUCUUCAUCUGCGGCGUUCCCGGUCACUGCAGCAGUGGAAUGAAGCUAGAGGUUGACGUGAGCGGCGCAUCCCCUCCCUCCACCUCCCCGCCGGCGACUCCUCCGCCCGCUUCCUCUCCUACCGCACCUUCCGCAUCGCCGCCUACGACAAGUUCACCGGCCCCCCCCACGACACCGGCCACCCCCUCGCCGCCGACAACGAGAUCGGCCCCUCCCCCACCUAAUUCGGCGCCCGUCGGUCUGAAGGCGCCGGCGACAGCGACGGCGGGCGUCCUCUUCUGGUUGCUGAUGCUGUUGGCCAUCUAA